AUGCUCCGCAUUCACCCACCCAUGGCACGUGGCAGCCGCGCUUUCCGCUGGGGCCGCGUGCUGCAGGUGGUGCUGUGGCCUGCCAUGGCUGCCAGCCUCGCGUUCAGCUGCGUCCCCCGCCGUGCUGGCGCGGGAACUGUGACGACAAGCCGGAGCUGGCGACAGGUCCAUGAGGAGGCCAAGGGCUUGGAGCAGCGCCUCAAGGCCGCGAUGCUGGAGAGCAGCCAGAGGGUACGGGAACUGGACGCCAUGUUCUUAGAUGAGCCCACGAAGCCCAAGAAGCGGCAGAAGACGCCGGCGGAGCUUCAGGAGGAGAAGAAGGCGCGGGAGGUAGAGAAGGAGUUGGAUCCGCUCGGGUGGGGCCGCAUGCUCAAGGCGCGAGCACCGGAGCCUCUCUUUCCAGAUGUGGAGGCGAACCCGCCCAUACUGGCUGGAGAGUUCGCGAACGAAGAGCCCAUUGUGGGCAUGUACUCUUCCAGCCCCAGCUGCAGCAUCCCGGCCCGUGUCUACCGCGAGGAUCUCCUGCAGAGCGCCCGGGAUGAUCCGUCAGCCUCCAAGGAGGAGAACGAGCUCUGGCAGAAUGCCGUCGAGCUCCUCACUCAGACGCUUGAGCCCAUGUGGCCGGAGGCCGAGGAGCGUGUGAUGGCACUGGUCACAGCGGAGUACAAGGCCGAGCAACGGCGCGAUGCCAAGUUGGGCCAGGUCCGCAAGCGCGUGCUGCAAAUGAUGGUCAAGGCCAACACCGGCCUGCGGUCCGAGGAGGAGCUCGACCGGCUGCUGACAAUCCUUCAGACCGACGAGCGCCUUCUCAAGUACCUCGGCCUACUGGAAAAAUGCUGUUUCGAGGCGGAGAAGAUUCAGGGGCGCAUGGACAAGCGCCAGCAGCAGUUCCGGAAGAGCCGGGAGGCCAGCUACGCCCAGGAGCGAGCCGAGGAGGCAGUCGUGGACGUCUUCGCGAGGGCCCAGGGCCUGGAGUUGCGCAUCCAAGCGUGUUGCAGUGCAGCCGAGGAGCUGCCAGAGACGUACGAUUCCAUGGACGACAUGGGCGACUUCUUCAACAACCUCAACCCUUUUCGCUAG